AUGCGUAUCGGCACUGCUAAUGGCAAGCAGAUGCGUUUGUCAACCACUUCCUCAGUGUCGUCAAUUACCGCUACAGCGCCAUAUACGGACCAACUUUGGCUGAGCAAGCGGUUCUCGGACGCAGCAGAGGAGCUGAGUCGAAGCUUUGAAGCAUCUCGCACGAGCAUCGAGCGUGUACAAGAGCUGUUCCUCAAAGGCGCCUGGCUGAAAUCUGAGUCGAAGAUAGUGGAGUCGUGGCAUGCGUUGUCGCGCACUAUUCGCGAAGCGCAGGAACUAGGGAUUGACAAAGACGCCGGUGCUGAAGAUUUGUGCGAGUUUGGUCUGGAGAUACGUAGACGUAUCUGGACACUGCUUUACAUCUGGGACUGGCAGAUGUCGGCGUGGUUAGGUCGUCCAAACCUCAUCGACCAAAAGAACCUUACAUUCAAGCUUCCAAAUCUGCGACUGGACCAAUCAACUACUCAGCCCAAUCUUCUCUCUCCAUUCGCGCACAUGGCACUUCAGGCUACUCUUGGCCGACGAAUCGCCGCAGCUAUGGGCAAUGCAACCUCCCAAACCGAUCUCUCUGCCGAGCAGGUCUUGGCGAUAGAGUCAACGUGUGAGAAGUUCAUCGAAGAGCUGCCACCAAUAUUUCGCAUCGACAAUCCGGAUCUCUCUCUUGAUGAGGAACAUCCGUACUUUGUUUUUCAGCGGCACCAGUUGCACUGCGUCAUCUUUCUGUCCAAGCUCGACUUUCUCAAGCCAUACCUCACUCGCGAACGGCGAGAUAAGAUAACCGACCGCGACGACGAAUUCCGGAGAAAGGGUAUAGACGUAGCGUUGGAUCUGUUGAAGGUUGCGCGUAAACUCUUCGAUCAUGAGUUCCCCAUUAACGCCAAGUUCCACAUGGUCGUCUUCUGCGUCUUCGACACGGCAACACUACUAUGUUCGGCAAUUAUCCACGACCGCGAUCGCGUUCUCCCUCAUCGCGAAGAAGUCGUAGAUGCCAUCGAGAACUCACUCGAUAUGCUCCACCAACUCAGCCUAACAACUAAGCUAGGCGCGUCGUCAUACAACUUUCUUUUCAAGCUCGUGCAGGCCACACCCGAUCUUUCGCGAAACACUCAACUCAGCAAGCGCCAGAGACAUACUUCUUCUUCUUCUUCUUCUUCUUCUUCUUCUUCUGCACCUUCUGCGCUGAAGACAACACCUCCCGUAGAGGAACCGCCUCCUGCAGCGGUCAUACCACCAACAACGAAGCCUUCAAAUUCCUUCAUCGAGCCUGCAGCUUCUGCCAGCGAGCCUCUUCCCGCGAUGACGAUGCAGGACGAUCUUAACUUUGACAUUGACCAAUUUCUCGCCCAAAACCCCUUUGGGCAUCUCGGCGAUCUAAACGCCCUCGACAUGGGUGGUAUGGAACAGAUUUGGGACUGGGAGGAUUUGCAUCUAGACGUUUACACACAGGCUGGACCGAACGGCUGGGGCGCCCCUGGAGAAAGCGCUUGA